CCAACUCCCUCACCUCCUCCUCCUCUUCUUCUCAUGCAGCCAUGGCCAGCGGACAAGAAGACUCCUCCUCCUCCGACUACGAAAGCAGUUCCUCAUCCUUCACUGGCGGCAUAAGCAGCGACAUCAGCUUCAACAGCUCCAGCUCCAUCUCCGUCCGCUCCUUCGGCGCCGAGAGCUUCGCCUCCUCCCGCUCCUACAAGCCCCACAAGUCCAACGAAGCCACCUGGACCGCCAUCUCCCAUCUCCGUGCCUCCUCCGGCCAACUCACUCUCAACCACUUCCACCUUCUCCGUCGUCUCGGUAGCGGUGAUCUCGGCAACGUCUAUCUUUGCCGUCUCAAAUCCCCUUCCUCUUCCCUCUACGCCAUGAAAGUUGUUGACAAAGAAGCUCUCGCCGUCCGCAACAAGCUCCAACGUGCCGAGACCGAGAAGGAGAUCCUCCGCACUCUUGACCAUCCUUUCCUCCCUACUCUUUUUGCCGACUUUGAAGCUUCUCAUUUCUCAUGUAUCGUCAUGGAGUUUUGCUCCGGCGGUGACUUGCACGUUGCUCGCCAACGUCAGCCCGGCCGUCGCUUCCCUCUCUCUUCCGCUAAGUUUUAUGCUGCGGAGACACUGUUGGCUAUAGAGUAUCUACACAUGAUGGGAGUUGUUUACAGAGACUUGAAGCCGGAGAAUGUGUUGGUUAGAGAUGAUGGACAUAUAAUGUUAUCAGACUUCGAUCUCUCGUUGAAGUGUGAUGUUGUGCCUAGAGUUUUCAAGCAAAGACAUGCAGAGAAGAGCAGCAACAACAACAACAGCAAGAAUAACAAAGGUGGUAGUUCUGGCAUUCAACCAGUGCUUUCUUGCUUCUAUGGUGGUGCUAGCAAGUGCACUAGAAUGAACCGAUAUGAUGAGGAUGAAGAGAUUGAUCAAGAUAUGGAGACUGAGCUUGUGGCCGAGCCAUUCUCAGCACGUUCAAAGUCUUUCGUCGGUACACAUGAAUAUUUAGCGCCGGAGGUGAUCUCCGGCCUUGGUCAUGGCAGUGCAGUGGAUUGGUGGACUCUUGGAGUGUUCUUGUAUGAGAUGUUGUAUGGUAGGACACCAUUCAAAGGUGAAAACAAUGAGAAGACUCUUAUUAAUAUUAUUAAGCAGCCAGUGAGCUUUCCUAAGGUUGCUGCUGUUUCUGAAGAGAUGAUGAGAGCUCAAGACCUUAUUAAUAAAUUAUUGGUGAAGAACCCUAAGAAAAGGAUUGGCAGUAUGAAGGGUUCUUCAGAGAUUAAGAGGCAUGACUUUUUCAGAGGUGUUAACUGGGCUUUGAUAAGGUCUGUGAAGCCUCCUGAAGUGCCAAGAGAGUUGAGGAAAGGUAGAACUAGUAAAGUAGCAGUACAAGCGCCAUUGAUGAAGUUAACAAGGAAACAGAGGGACCAGCCUUACAACAUCCCUCAAUAUUUUGAUUACUUUUAAUCUCUUGCGUUUCUCUUUAUCUUUUUUCCAUUUAGAUGUAGAUAGAUUAAUAAUAGUUGCAUGUGUGCUGUUCUUUGUGACUUUUCACUAAUGAGAAUGAGUUAAAAAAACUUUAUUAAUA